CGUACGUCCGUGUUCGUAUAUCAAUUUUUGCCUUUUGGUUUCCACAUUCAUAACGCUUCUAAUUUCUGAAUACGAUUGACGGCUACAUACCAAACAGAUUACAUUUAUUUGCUACAGCAAUUUAGUCAGGUAGACAUCAGCGGAGAGGACGAAGUCCGUUCGUCUGUACCAUUUUUGUGACUAGUGACUAAUUUUAGUUUGAUUCGACAAAGUACAUCGUAAUUAAUAUUCAUUUUAGUCUACGAUAGUCCUGAGAUAAAGCAUCAUGAAGUUGGUCAAGUUUUUGAUGAAACUAAGUCAUGAAACGGUGACAUUAGAACUGAAAAAUGGAACUAGUGUUCAUGGGACCAUUACAGGAGUUGAUGUAGCGAUGAACACUCACUUGAAAACUGUUAAAAUGACCAUGAAAAAUAAUCAGCCAAUACAUUACGAAACACUUAGCGUCCGUGGUAACAAUAUACGGUACUUCAUUUUACCAGAUUCACUAACCCUUGAAACACUGCUAGUUGACGAUGCACCUAAAUCAAGGGUAAAUCGUAAUGGGCGAGGAACUCGUGGAGCACCUGGAAGAGGAGGUCGUGGACGUGGAGGUCCAAGAGGACGAGGAGGUCGUGGAGGACCUCGCGGUGGUGGAGGUCGUGGACGUAGUGGUGGACCAUCUCGGCGUUAAAAAUAUAAUUCAUGUUCCUAACAUAUUUGAAAAAUAUAUUAUUUUACAUAUUUGAAA